AUGACCAGAGGUGGAAGGGGAGGAGGAGGGUUGCAUAUGGAGCUGUCAGUGUUGGUGCUGUUGGCCCUGCUGGCUCUGUCCUCAGCCAGUCCUGUGGACGUCUGGAACAACACAGAGCAGAGAAAUGAAAGAGUUCCUAAGAUCACAGCUAACCAAUCGACAAAUCAUGCUAUUAAGGCAAAGAGACAUGUUAUUUUCAAAGGGAUUGGGAAAAACGUGGACUGGUCCUCCUCACUCAAGGUUGGUCAAACCAACCUGGAAUGGCAGACCUUUGAUGACUCUCUCCCCAACGGAGCAGUUUCAAUCUACAACGAAUAUGUUGGACGCACCGACUACGUUUGCAAAUAUAGGCGUGCGGCCGGCUUUUAUAACCCUUACAAGGGUCCUUACUGCUUCUACCCCUAUGGAGAGAAAGAGUUCCAUGAAUCCCCAUUUGAGAUCCUGGUAAACAAAGACAACUUUGAGUUUAUAGAAUGGAAGGAUGACUCUGACGGAUCAGUGCCUCAGAAUGCAGUCGAGACCAGGCCCGGCAGCAACAUAUAUGUUGGAAAGAACAAGUAUGGUCUUGGGAAGGUAGAUGUUAAAAAUCCGGCCUUCUACCUUCCGUGGAAAGGUUCUGAGUAUAAGUACAAGAGCUACCAGGUCCUGACCGUUAACAAAGAUGUAAUCAGCGAGGCCAUAUCUGAUGUCACGUAUAAGACUGAGGGGGUUAAUGUCGUUAAGUAUCCUCCAGAGACCUUGGAAACACAUGUCCUGACCAACAAUGAUCGCCAGGAACUGACACAGACCAUUACCCUCUCAAAGACAACCCAAAAGGAGCAAAGGUGGGACGUCAGCUUUUCGUUAACAACAGGCGCUAAGACUACCAUCACUGCUGGAAUCCCCUUUGUCGUCGAAGGAAAAAUCGACGUUAGCGUUGAAAUUACCCUCCAGUACACCCAGAGGGCCACUUUUACCGAGUCGAUCACCCACACUGUUUCUGUUUUGGACAAAAUACCACCAAACCACUCCUGCCGUGCCAGUAUGGUGGGAUAUAAGUACAGGACAGACAUCCCAUACACUGCACGCCUUAGCCGCACCUACAGAAAUGGGGAGGCCAGAUGGACAUCCAUCUCUGGGACCUACAGCAGCGUCCAAAUGGGAGAACUCCAGGUUCUGGUGAAUAGCUGUAAACCUGUAUCUGAUCCCACACUACUUCUGAAUCGUCCGGCAUGUUUUUUAAUGGCUUCAGCAACUGCAUGGAGGAGUGGGGACAAAACUGUCGACACAUCCACAUGAUAAGAGCCUUCCGUGGUCGGCCAUGACAGUUUUGUUCUCAUUACUUAGAAUUCCUCACGGGGGCGACAAACUACGCACUAUAGCUUUAAAGAGAAUAAUUAAAGAUGCUCUUGAGAUAACAUAUUGAAUGUCCUUCACAUUGUAAUGAAAAGCUAAAAAUAAACUAUAUGCUUUAACAUAUUUAGUACUUGGCAUUUACCUUUUUCAAAGCAAAGAAUGAAAUGUAUGAAAAAGUUGAUUUAAUAUUUCAUUGUUUCAAAUAAAAUAAACGUGCAUGCAAACCAAA